AUGAAGGCGAAGGCCCGCCGGGCCCUCGGGGCCGCCAAGGGAGUCGUCAACGUUGUGCGGGCUUGCGGCAGCCGCAUCGCCUUCCGUUGCCGCAACCGUGCAGCGUACCCGCGACGGUGCUCGGCACCACCUGCAAUAUUCGUCAUGACAACGCAGCCUCUUUCGGCCAUGUCAAUCGGCCAAUUAAAUGCCCUUCGCGCCAACUUAGAAGCCGAGGAGGAGGGGCUCAUGGAGAAGCUGCGCGAGCUUUGGGAAUACCUCGAGGUGGGCUCCCACCUGCAGCCCGCGUUUGUGGACCCUGACCGACUUGCCCACGUAACACGGCUCUUGCUGGCGGGUGACACGGGUGCCGUUGAGCGCGACCCAGAUAACGACGAGGUCUCGGGUGCGGCUACGAUUCAGCUCACCUCCCAGCGGCUGGAAGCUGCAUUGCUGGAGGUCCACGCGCAAAUGCAAGCCGUUUGCGAGGAGCGUCGCCGCCGCAAGGGCAUGCACGCCGCUACCCGCGCUGCCGGAGGAGGCUGUGACGAUUGUCCGCGCGCGCUUAGUGCUCGUGCGGCUAGUUCCCUUUCGCCCUGUCGUGGAGCGGCAUCACGGGGCACCGGAGCCAACGCUGAUGCCGGGGAACUUGGUACACGCGUGAAAAUAACCGUCGACUCCGCCAGCAGCGCGGAGGGCACUGCGCGAGCAAACAAGACGGCUGUGGCGCACGAUAGCCGCCUCCGAGGGCGGGGCUUGAAUGAGACACCCAAGCGGAAGCUUUCGACGUUGUCACUAUCGGAGAGCUUCGUGGAAGACCCUCCUAAAGGUCCAGAAUUGGUGGGAUCGCCGCGGCCAAAGCUGCUGGGAAGGUGGCGUGUUCGGUUGGCCCGUCGGUCCAAUGCAAGCCAGCAGGUACCGAUCUCCCGGCCGGCGAAUGAGGGAGGCGAGGCACAUGGACUUUGCCUUCUGCAGCUUGGGUAUACAAUGCUCCCAACUCACGACUAG